AUGGGUGCAACUCGCGCGCAGAAGGAACUCUACUUCCAGAAGCUCAAGGAGCUUGUGGCCAAGUUCCCCUCCAUCUUCGUCGUCAACGUCGACAAUGUCGGCUCCAACCAGAUGCAUCAGAUCCGUGUCGCCCUCCGUGGCAAGGGUGUUGUCGUCAUGGGCAAGAACACCAUGGUCCGCCGUGCUCUCCGCUCCAUCCUCUCGGAGUACCCCCAGUUCGAGCGUCUCCUUCCCCACGUCCGUGGCAACAUUGGUUUCGUCUUCACUGGCGACGACCUGAAGGAGAUCCGUGAGAUCAUCACCGCCAACAAGGUCGCUGCCCCCGCGCGUGCUGGUGCUCUCGCGCCCAAGGAUGUCAUCAUCCCCGGUGGUAACACUGGUAUGGAGCCCGGAAAGACCUCCUUCUUCCAGGCCCUCGGUAUCCCGACCAAGAUCGCUCGUGGUACCAUUGAAAUCGUCGCCGAUGUCCAGGUCGUCACCGCCGGCACCCGUGUCGGUACCUCCGAGGCGACGCUGCUCAACAUGUUGAACAUCUCGCCGUUCACGUACGGUAUGUCCGUGGUCCAGAUCUUCGACCAGGGCAACGUCUUCUCGCCCGAGGUUCUCGACAUCUCCGACACCGAGCUCCUCGACCGCUUCCUGUCUGGUAUCAAGACGAUUGCGGCCAUCUCGCUCGCCAUCAACUACCCCACGGUUGUCUCGGUCAUCCACUCCCUCGUCAACUCCUACAAGAACCUCAUCGCUGUUGCUCUUGCCACCGAGUACACCUUCGAGGGUGCUGAGAAGGCCAAGGAGUACCUCGCCAACCCUGAGGCGUUCGCCGUCGCCGCUGCCCCUGCUGCUGCGGAGGCCGGCCCCGCUGCCGAGGCUGCUGCUGCCGCCCCUGAGGAGGAGAAGGAGGAGUCCGACGACGACAUGGGCUUCGGUCUGUUCGACUAAACGCUCCGCGCUCGAGUUCACAUUUGAUGAUGUAUCGCGUCAU